UCAUACUCCCUCCACCUUCACUUUCUUAUCUACUCUCCCUCAGGUAUUGGCACAGUGCCCGUGGGGCGUGUGGAGACGGGCAUGAUCAAGCCAGGCAUGGUGGUGACCUUUGCACCUGUUAACGUGACCACUGAGGUGAAGUCUGUGGAGAUGCACCACGAGGCCCUGACCGAAGCAAUGCCCGGAGACAACGUGGGCUUCAACGUCAAGAAUGUGUCCGUCAAGGACAUUCGCCGUGGCAACGUGGCCGGAGACAGCAAGAACGACCCCCCAAUGGAGGCAGCAGUCUUCACUGCUCAGGUGAUCAUCCUGAACCACCCAGGUCAGAUCAGUGCUGGCUAUGCCCCAGUGCUGGACUGCCACACUGCCCACAUCGCCUGCAAGUUUGCUGAGCUCAAGGAGAAGAUUGACCGUCGCUCAGGCAAGAAGCUAGAGGACAACCCCAAGGCUCUGAAGUCUGGGGACGCCGCCAUCGUGGACAUGGUUCCGGGGAAACCCAUGUGUGUGGAGAGCUUCUCAGAGUACCCUCCACUGGGUCGUUUUGCAGUGCGUGACAUGCGCCAGACUGUGGCAGUCGGGGUGAUCAAGGGCGUUGAGAAGAAAGCCCCCUCCACUGGCAAGGUCACCAAGUCUGCCCAGAAGGCGCAGAAGACCAAAUGAAUGUUGUGCUGCGCUGCUGACUCUAGAGUCACCCAUGGCAGGACAGUAGUCACCCAACCCCACCCCCUUAUUGGCUGCUUCAACUCCAUAGUCAAACACUGGUUAAUAAUCACAAUGCAUCGCAAAAGUAUCAGAAGGAAAGAAACAAAUAUUAAGCCUAGUCCUUAAGACAGCGUUUGUUCUUUCUCUCAUUUCAAAGUGGUUAGAUUCAUAUGUAUUUAUUUACGUUGUAAUAGCACAUUGCUAGUUUUAAACGUGUACUGUUAAAUAUGUGAAUGACCAUGUUCUCCAUGUGUGAGAUAUUGUAACCAUAGAGGGCCGUGGUAACUGCCACCCCCUUCCUCUCUGGACUGCAGUUAUAAGUCACUCUUCACGUGGUCUGUUGUCUUGCUUUUAGUGUUUGUUUGUAAACUACCUGGUGCUUUAUAGCAGCCUUCGGUAAUAACUUAAAACUCUUACAAGUAGAAACAAAUUUCUCUAAAGUGUAUGUUGUGUUAUAGCUUUAAAGAAAAAAAUAUAUACACGUUUUAAAUGUCUUACUCUAGGCACACUGAGUAGACCAAUUGUUGACUCUCCCAGCACUUUUAAUUGGCGUUUUGCUAUCUUUGCACUGGAAAACUUUUAAAUUGGCAGAAGCUGUUGCACCUUACGCUGUCCAAAAUGGCACAAGCCUUGUCAUGACAUUAAAGAUAAUUUAACCAA